AUGAAAAUUGGACAGCGCAUAGGAAAAUCGAUCCGUGUUGACCACGCGACAAGCACGGGAGCACGGAGUGAUUACGCACGGGUGUGUGUCCAAGUGGAUAUAACGAAGCCUCUUCUCUCACAGUUCACGAUUCAUGGAAAGAAAUGUUUCAUUUAG